CGUCUACUUGACCUUCUAUAUUGUUUGAAUCAUGUAUGAAAAGAGACACAGUGACUUAAAAUAGAUACGCAGAUUAAUAUGUAAGGCAUGGGCUUUGUUUUUUUUAACCUUUAGGAAUAUUUUACCGUCAGACAAGCUUUAUAAGCUCCUGUAUUUAACGUUUGUUAGAAUCAUUCGCAUUUUCGCUGUAAGUGAAAACAAGUACCGAGAUUUUUACGUUUUGUACCAUGCUUAUAACAAUCAAGAUAGUUAUAUUUGUAAUUUAGCCGAUUUUCGGAAAAUAUAUACGUUACGUCAAAAACAUGGAAAAUAAAACAGCAUAUGAGUAUAUUCCGACUUUUUAUGCCGGCCGCUGUAUAUUCAUUACCGGAGGGACUGGAUUUAUGGGUAAAGUUCUUAUUGAAAAGAUUUUACGAUCAUGUCCCGAUGUUGCAAACAUAUUUGUACUCAUACGGCCGAAAAAAGAACUAAGUAUCAACGAUAGACUGAAGAAAAUGUUGGAUAACAAGCUUGACGGUAGAGGCGUUUCUAUUAACUAUUAUACAAGUUAUUGUACAAGUUAUUAUUGCUACAACACAAUUAAUUAGUGUGGCGCUAGCUUUAAGCCAUACUACACUCUC